AGAGUGGCGGGGGGGCUCCGCAAGGUGAGGGCACCGCGCUGCCUAAAGAAGCCGCGCGCCCCCGCCACAGCUCAGAGCUUGCGGCGCAGCGCGCUGGCUGGAAGUGCGGGCACAAGCUCUGUGCCCCGCUUCUGCCGCUCCAGCUGCUCCUUCCAUCCGGUGGGAGCGCGAAGCCUCCUCUGGCCCGGAGGGUGGCCAGAGGAUCACGAGCCCUGAGGGCUUGGUCCUCAGCUACUGUGGCGCGACACUUCCAGCAGCAACAGUAUAGAUAGUGGGCAGUCUCGUAGCCCACUGGUGCAGACACUGAGCUGCACCUUGUCUCCUGCUUGCCUGUCAACGUCAUGAUAUCCACCUGCACCAACAAUACUCGAGAAGACAACAACAGCAGCCAACCGUGCAUGCCUUUCUCCAAGAUGCCUAUCAGUCUAGCUCACGGCAUCAUCCGCUCCAUUGUGCUGUUUGUCUUCCUCAGCAUAUCCUUUGUGGGUAACAUAGUGCUGGGUUAUGUAUUGCACCGUAAGCCACAGUUGCUGCAGGUGACCAACCGGUUCAUAUUUAACCUCCUUGUCACUGACCUGCUGCAGAUCACUCUUGUGGCCCCCUGGGUGAUAGCCACCUCCAUUCCUGUCUUCUGGCCUCUCAAUAGCCACUUCUGCACUGCCUUGGUUAGCCUCACCCACUUAUUUGCCUUUGCUAGUGUCAAUACCAUUGUGGUGGUGUCAAUAGAUCGCUACCUGUCCAUCAUCUAUCCUCUUACCUACCCAUCCAAGAUGACCUACCGACGUGGUUAUAUGCUCCUCUAUGGCACCUGGAUUAUGGCCAUCCUGCAGAGCACACCUCCUCUCUAUGGAUGGAGCCAGGCUACUUUUGAUGAGCGUAAUGCCCUCUGUUCCAUGAUCUGGGGAUCCAGCCCCAGCUAUACCAUUGUCAGUGUGGUGUCCUUCAUCGGUAUUCCACUGGUGGUUAUGAUUGCCUGUUAUUCUGUGGUGUUUGGGGCAGCCCGGCGGCAGCACGCUCUCCUGUACAAUGUCAAGAGCUACAACUUGGAGGUGAGAGGCAAAGACUCUGUGAAGAAUGAGAAUGAACAGGGAGCAAAGAAGAGGGAUGAGUGCCAGGAUGAGAAUGAGUUCCAGUACCAAGAUGAAGCUCCGGGCAAGACUAAGGAAAGCAGUACCAAGGUGGAAGACAGUCCUAUGGAAGCCGAGGACAGCAGCAUGAAAGCCAGAGAGAGAAGCCUGGAUCUCAGUACAGGGAUCAUGGAGGCCAAGAGCAGUGAAGACGGCAGUGAAAUUCAGGAAAGCAGCCCAAAGGUAGAUACCGGCCGCACAGAGGUCAAUCAGUGCAACAUUGAUUUGGGUGAAGACGACAUAGAGUUUGGUAUGGAUGACAUCCAUUUCAGUGAGGAUGAUGUCGAGGCAAUGAAUAUGCCUGAGAGCCUUCCACCGAGUCACCCAAACAGAAACAGCAACCCACCGUUGCCCCGGUGCUACGAGUGCAAAGCUGCAAAAGUGAUCUUCAUCAUCAUUUUCUCCUACGUGCUGUCUCUGGGGCCCUACUGCUUCCUGGCAGUGCUGGCUGUGUGGGUGGAUGUCCAAACCCAGGUACCCCAGUGGGUGAUCACCAUAAUAAUCUGGCUUUUUUUCCUGCAGUGCUGCAUCCACCCUUAUGUCUAUGGUUACAUGCACAAGACCAUCAAGAAGGAAAUCCAUGAGGUACUGAAGAAGUUUAGCUGUAAGAAAAAUCCCCCGGUAGAACACAGCCACCCUGACCUGCACGAAACUGAAGCUGGCACAGAGGGAGGUAUGGAAGGCAAGGUUGUCCCCUCCCGUGAUUCAGCUACUUCACCUUAAAGUUAGCUGUAAGGCAAAUGGUUUAACUGUAUACAUACAAAAGAAGAAACAAACAGAAAACAAGAGCAGCUUUCUUUUCAGUGCACCCACCCACAGUCUCAUUAGUGCCAACCUUUAGCAUUUCAGGCAAACGUGUUGCACAAGCAUCCUUUUCUACCACAUGGCAGAUAAAUUAGGAAGAAGUAAGGACUUGGAUCUUUCCUGAAAGGUGUAAGCCCGUCAAAGCAUGGACAUUAGGAGCUCCACCUAUAUAUAUAUAUGUAUAUAUAUAUUAGGCUCUGAGUUCCCUAAAACAAGGGCUAUAUGGUUUGGAACUGUUCUUGGUAUUCUGCCUGCCUCCCCAGAGCUACAACAUGGCAGCUUUGGCUCUGAGUAAAAGGGAAAGUGAUGCCUAUGGACAUAAGGACUAUCGGGCAUUCAGGUCAGGAACUUUUGGGCUGUGGGGGCUACAUAUCAUGCUGAACUGAAAGAAAAGCAAUUGAGCAAAUUAUUUAUGAAGUCCAAAAAGCAGAGCUAGUUGGACUGAUCAUCACAUGAGCUGAUUUCUGUACUGAAGAACCCCACAGUAUGGUGCGAAGACUAUAGUGCAAACUACAACAAAGGGGGAUUAUGUACUUAGAAUAUAAAGAAAUCUCCAGAAAAGGGCAUACGGAGAAUGAGGGUCUAAUUCAAAGGAAGAAAUGGAGAAACAAGAUGUUUCCAUGGACCUAAACAAUUGUGUUUCUUUUUAUUUCUCUCUCUCCUCUCUUUCUCCACGCUCCCCUACCCUGGGUUUCUACUUGGGCUGGGACUGACCUCUGUGCAAAUGGAAGAUUGUUGAUUAACACAAAUAUCUUUUGUCUCCUAUUUUAGUAACAGUAGGAAAGAAAUCAGGCUAUUAUUUUACUAUUUUCUUUCUGUGACUGAGUUGAAAUGCUCAUAACAAUUCUCUAGACCUCUGCCAGCCAUUUGUGUUUUAAUUUCUUUUAUUUCAAACAGACUUUUUGGUUAAACGGUAUUUUCAGGGUUUUUUAUUUUAAAUACCUUAAUACCUAGGUAAUAUUUGAACUAUUCCAAAGAAUCUGAAGAUCAAAGUAUCUAAAUCAAAUAUAUCUUAUUGAUUACUAUUGAAACAUACCACUUGUGAUAUGUAAAUUAUUCCCAGGGCAAUUACCCAAAUAAAGUUUUAAACUAUCAAACUCUAAAAUCACUUUGGACAAGAAAAAAACUAACAUAUUUUAGAAAGCAAAGGACAUAUUUAAAGGCAAAAUAACAUCCAACCAAAAACCGGUAAGUAAAUUAGGUAUUGAAAGGAGAUACUUACUGUUAAUAUGAAUGGAGGGAAGGUGGAGGAAUAUUUCAUUAAGAUGAUUAAACAGAAGGUUGUAUGUGACAGUGUGUCAUAUUCAGAGUUUAAUAUUCUAGUGUUGUCUUGUCUUUAUUAGAAUUUAAUUUUUCACUUAAAAAUGCCCUUCAUUUAUACUUUAUCUCUUCCUCCUCCCAGAUUCCAGCAUGAACUUUUCAAGGGGGAGAGGUAAAUGGCUGUGAAUCAUGGAGCUGUAAGAUUACCUUAUUCAGAAUUCAGGGGAGUUAAUAGAAGCAGAUAGUAUUGAACUGACCUGUCAGAUCAGUAUGUCCAUAAGAAGUUUACCAAUGUCAACUCAUUUAGAACUUUUGAUAGCCUCAGACAAGGCAUGGAAUCUACACUAAAUCCUCACUCUACCAUUUAUUUUUCCAAAAUUUUUAUAGUAAAUUAGUAGUCAAAUUUUAGUUUUUGACUACUGAUUUAUUGAUAAACUUAUAUUGGCUGAUCCCUAAAAGACACCUGGCGGGGUGGGGGGGGGGGGGGAGAAGACACCUGGAUGAAUUGGCUUAUUUGAUCAAUUUUCUUGCUUCGUUUUUUUUCCUGGUUUGUAACAGAGGAGUUCAGAGAUGGAAGUGCCUGUUCUGUUAGUAGAAAUGCUUACAUCCUUACAUAGAAAAGGGUAUUUCGAAUGUGUUUUCAAUAUUUUAUUGAAACUGAACUUCUUGUUUUAUUUUUGAAGCUCAACCCCUUCAAAGUGUGACAAAGAAAAUUGUUUGCCAAAAUCCAAAAUCUAAAUGGAACCAGAAUCUGUAUGAGUGUGGUAAGUCCAUUUGACAACACCCACAUCUUCCAGGGUGCUGCGAUUCACCUGCUCCUAGAAUCAUUUAACUUUUACUGUUUUAUUCACUGUCCAUUCUUUUGGCAAACAGGAUUCUUCAAAGGUGAAGACCUUUUGAAAACAGGGUGGAAAGGACAACCUUUGAAUUAAAGGCAUUCUGUCUUGAUGACAUUUUCCUUUAAUGAAUGAUAGGGCUUCUGGUUAGCAUGGAGGUGGCAACUGCUUCACGUUUUGGGCUGUUUUGAAUAAAGAACUAUCAACUUAAUGAGGUUUUACUAUACACAAUGUUUUGCCAUUUGAAAAUAUGAGAUCACACACAAAAGUCAUCAUUACCUUCCCAGAUCAUCAUAGCCAAUCAUUUUCCCAAAAUGUUUUUAAAGGAUAUAUUAUUUUAUCAAGACCAUUACAAAUGUUCAGUAAAAACAAAAUCCACUGAAUUAUGGCCAUGGAUUAAACAAGGAAAGAUCACAGGCAUGGUCAGAAAGUAAAGGUAUUUUGUGUCACUUGUGCAACUCCAAUCUGAUUUAGAAAUGGUGAGGUAUCUACUUCAAAAUCAUAUCUUUUCAGUUGUCUUCCUCUUUAAGAUAAACCCCAUGCUGUUAGAAGUUUUUCUAAACAAAAUGUCUUUUCCUUCCAGAAAAAAAAAAAAAAAAAGGAUUAAAGGAACAAUUGGCUGCAAGAUAAAUGCCAAGAUAAGAAAUCUGGUCAGUCAGGACUUUAACACUCUCUUUACUUAACUAUGCCUCCAUUUUGUCUUAUUACCUAAGCCUCUAAAAUCCCCAUACCACUCCCAAGCUUAGCCAUCUGAGGAGGCAGAAGCAUGAGCUGGAAACAGUAGAUUAUAGCCUAAUAGCUUUGAAGAACAGACACCUUUCCAAUUACAUAUGAUAUCUUCCUCUACAGCAAAUGUUUAACAGGCAUAUUAGCAUACUUAGGCUACGAACAACAAAACUGGCUAGAGGAAGAUACAGGAAAACUCAGAUACACUGAACUUGGCCACUGCCAUAUCACUAGCAAGCUCAUUGCUUUUUCUUAGGUAAGUUAAGAAUCCUAAGGGAACCUGAAAGUUGCCAAUAGAAGUCAGGUUUCCAUCAUUGCCUCCCAAAGCCUCUAUAUCUCAAGAGUGUACACACUAAGGGGAAACCACAGCAAUGUGUACACUUAAGGGGUUUGCUGUAUAAAGAUUAAUUGCUGUAUUUCCUUUGCUCUAAAAGAAACAAAAGCAAGAUUAUUUUUAGUUUGGUGCUUCAACCUUGAGUGAAUUUCACCCUCUUCAUCUGCAACAACUUUGUUGAAAAUUUCGUACUUUUGUCUUGUGUUAGUGCUGUGUUCUCUUGUAGUAUUUCUUCUAAACGUAAGCUAACUGUAUAUAAAAUGUGUUCUUGGAGUUACGGUGCUAGAUAUUAGCUUGUGUGUGUUCAUUGCUAGUAUUAUCAGUAAAAAGUGAGUGAUGUGUACAUGGAAAGUUACUUAACAAAAUGCAUGCAGUAUUCUACAUAUGACCUACAAUUUGGUCAAUUUUUGAAGUAGAACAUAGUACAUUUAUUUACCUUUAAAAGUAUAUACUAUAGGAUAUGUAAGAUGGUUCCAAGAUGGUAUGGCAGGAAGAGGUGCCUUUCAUUCUUGAAGUCCCGGGUACGUGACAAGCAAGAACUUAUUCUGGUACAACUGGUAAUCGAUGUGGACUAAAUUAUUGUCUUGUUUGAAGCUGUCGGUGGCAGUUCUUCGCAACACACCUGGUACUGGUAUGCCUGUUUUCUUCAGAGGAUAGGACAUAAAAUCAAAGAAGACAGUCUUUCCCCCAUAAACGAGCAAGAAGACUAGGACAGGCUAUUGGAGUCCUGAAAGCAGGAUGUAAAGUGUACUGCAAUUUCAAGACCUAAACAAGAGCCAGUACUGGACUGGGAGGUUAUUGGACUUGUGUUUAUAUGAUCCAUAUUGUGAUGAUCCCUGCCCACCUAAAGAAGUGCCAAAAUGCAGAAAAAGGCUGCUCUGCUUUUGUUUUUUGUUUUUUUCUCUUUGGCUGUCUCAGACAAGAUGUAUUAUUGAUAAAGAGACAGUGAGACUUUGGGGUGAAGGGAGGGUGGGGAACAGGGGUUGUAGCUCAGGUGUUUGAAGAGUUAGAAAUAUAUUUAAAAAAGAACUCAGAUUAUUUUAUUAUAUUUUGAGAACAAAGUAUUACAAGAGGAUAUAUAUUUAUAUAUAUUCUCAUUAAAUCAUUUCUAAAACUACCUUUAAUACCAAAUUUCAUGUGCUAUUUUGAGACUGAGAACAAUAGGAAAAGUGCACUCAGUCAAUAAAACAGUUCUCUUUAAUACUUUCCAUUUUAAAUUUAAAAGUUUCCUUAAAAAAGGUUUGUAAUUUAAAAGUGCCUUUUCAAAGGAUUUUCAAAACUACAGUCCUGGGGCCAAGUUCCCAUUGGCACAACUUACCUUCAGGUGCACAAAUGGGUUGGAAUUUAUCGUCCACCUUUCAGCAAGAGAAAUCCCCUCACACUCCAAAUAAAUUUAUGAAUUGAUACCAUUACAUGGAGCAGUAGUCUCAGAAACUCUGCCCAAAGUCAAGGUUUCAUAUAUUGGCUGGCUUUAAUAGAAUGCAUUUUAAAUUGGUUAUGACGCUUUUAUUGCCGGACAGGAAUAACAGACUCCUGCUUAGGGAAUGCAGAGAGAUUAACAUUUGUGGUUUAACUAUUACUAAAUAAGUUUUGUGUUUCUUAAAUAGGUGCUGUUAGUCUGUCCUUGGUAUAUUCCUCUGAAACAUGCUAAAUAAAGUUUGAUUUUC